AUGGAGAAUCAAAAACAAUUAACGGUUGCUCUGUUGGCUGCCUUUGCUUUCGGCUUUGCGACGGUGCUUUUUGUGCUGAGGUGGGUUCUCCACUACAGAGAGGGUCUAGCCUGGGAUGGAGGACAAGCCAAUUUCAACUGGCAUCCUGUGUUGCAGCUCUCUGGCUUCAUUUUCUUGAAUGGAAUUGCCAUCCUUUCCUACAGGCUCCCCUGGACUCAGCAGCUCAGCAGAGAAUCUGUGAAGUACAUCCACGCAGGCUUGAAUCUGCUCGCCCUCACCUGUGCUGUGAUUUCAUUCAGAGCUGUUUUUCGUUCUCAAGGUGCCUCCAAUUUCCCCGACUUGUUCAGCCUACACAGCUGGCUGGGCCUGACAGCUGUUGCCCUCUUCAGUCUGCAGAUGGUUCUUUCAGCCUGCAUCUUUUUGUUGCCGAUCACCCCAGACUCCUUGAAGGAAGCAUUCAUGCCCCUCCACACGUUCCUCGGACGUUUUCUCUUUGGUAGCGCCAUCUCGGUGUCACUCAUUGGCAUUACAGAGAGACUCAUUUUUGGCCUGAAAGAGCCAAAUUACAUGGAUUCUCCCCCUGAGGCGAUUUUUGCCAAUGUUAUGGGAAUGCUCCUGGUGGCCUAUGGUGUUGCAGUCCUCUGGAUUUCCAUUCACAGAUCAUGGAAACGUCCUGGUGAUCCAGUGUGGCGUACCAGUGGGCUUGAGGACAAGAUAAAAUGAGAUAGAUGAAACUGACGCUGAGUGGGUGUGAGAAGGGGUGGUGGCAAACUAGAGGAUUAGGCCAUCUGAUAAUAGAUAAAGGAUAGCCUAUGGAGCAGAUGUUUAGAAUUAAUGUGCUCAUGCUCUAAACUGGUCAGAUAAUAUAUAGAAAUCUGACUCGCUAUAAUUUGUUUGAACCUAUAUAUUUCAUGAUUUCUGCAUAUGCACUUGUUUUCUUGCAUUAAGUAGUAGUAGUAGUAGUAGUAGUAAAACACAUACACAAUCAAUGCUUUUUUAAGAUGUAAACAUGGUGCUGGUAAAAUCUUUAAUAAAAACUGUUUUUAUUUGGGUACAGGUGGCCUACUACUACUGGUUUAAGGUGCGCUUCAUGUACGUGGUUGGCCCGGGUUCAAAUCAGGCCUGUGGCACUCUCCCCAGCUCUCUCAUCCCUAAUUCCAAUUCUGUCCACUGUCCUCUGUUAUCAAUAAAGGCGUUAAAAGCCCCAAAAUAAAUCUAAAAAAAAACUGUCUUUAUUCUAGUCAAUAAUCGUCUAAUUUUUAGGGGUG